GCUAAUCUCACCACCCUGAGAUCGUGACCUAAGCCAAAAUCAAGAAUGGGAAGUUCAGCUGAUUGAGUCACGUGCUGUACCCUGAGAGCAGAGACCCCCUCCGCGGCGCCCUCCGCGGCGCCCUCCCGCAUUCCGUUCACCAGCAAUGACCGCCAUCCUCCGCCGCGCUUGGCUGGAGCGGCGCCUGGACGUAAACUGCUGACAGCUCCCAGCCUCAGUUUACAAAGUGACCUGGGCCCAAGACCCCAAGGCCUGCGCGGAGCUCCACUUUUGCCAGCCCCGGACGCUCCCCCACAACCAACCCCAUCGCCCCACCUCCCAGUCGCCCCGCCCUUCCAGCGUCUGCCGGCGCUUAAAGCGCAGGGGUGCGGCCGGGUGUCCUGGUGUGAACCGGACUCAUCCCGACUCACUUCUCCGACUAUCACGGGGGACACGCAGGCCUGGAAGUCCGCUUCACCCCUCAGGUGAACGCCCUGGAUCUCCCCACCGACUGUCGCUCGCCCGGGCCCGCGGGCGGUGGACAUGGCGCCCUUGCGGCUGCUCCUACUCGGGCCAGCGUCCCUCCUUCUGGUCCUGUCGCGCUGGCCACUCAGCGCAGGUUUUCUGCAAAUGGAAAUGGCAAAGAAGACUCAGACAGUGUUCCUGAAUGACAAUGUCACUAUCGUCUGCGAAGUCCAGAGUGACCGUCCCCUGAACCUCACGCUUAUGGGUGUCACCUGGUUGAGGAAGCAUCAUAUGUCAACAACAGAAGUUACAGUGUUUCAGUAUUUUGGAGGCAACCAAAUGAUAACGCGACCUGGAGCCUCUGUGUCUCUAUCAAAGCUGGAAAGAGGGGAUGCCUCCCUGCGGCUGCCAGACAUCCAGCUGGAGGAAGCAGGAGAGUACCAAUGUGAGGUGGUGAUGACCCCUAACAAAGUAGUGGGAACCACCCAGCUGGAGAUUGUGGCUUACCCAGUCCCCAGCUUGUUUCCAGAGCAAGCCAUGGUGAAAGAAAAUGAAGAACAACUUAUUUCGUGUAUGGCAAGUGGGUUCUACCCCUUGAACAUUACCAUUACAUGGAAAAAGUGGACCCAGAAGGAUCCCCAGUAUGUGGAGCUUUCUGAGGGCGUCUUCACUAAUUAUACCACCGACAAUAAGAAUGUCACUAGCUUCUUAAGGCUGAAGCCCUCUCUGGAAGACAGUAUGACCAUCUACCAGUGUGUGAUAUGGCAUAAAUCCUUGCCUACCUCCCAGAGGCUCAACUUCACCUUGACUGUGAUCGAAUCUGAGAAGACAGCUUGUACUCUGAAAUACGUUUUACUCUGUGUUGGAAUAACCUUUGUAAUUGUACUGAUUUUAUUUAUUUUUUGGAAACAGGUGCCACACCGAAGAUAUCCCUUAUUCUCCGUCUUGAAAGCCUGUUCUCAGGACACUCAAAUUGACACAAGGACUGAAGAACUAUAGUGAGGUGCUUUCAUUAUGAUGUAUUUGUGGCUUAUUCCGAUGGCGGAACCACUGGAAGAACAUUGGAAAUUCUUACACAGAAACAGCAGUAACAACAAGGUUUCUCAGUGAAUGCAUCUGUAACCGAAAUUACUUUUCCCAAUGCCUUAGGUAACUUGCUCAAGAACAGACUGUUCAAGCUGCUUUCUUGGUGGCCUCCUGCCAAUCAGCUUAUCCAAGAAAAAGAAAGCAGUGCUUUCCAAAGAAGACAUACAGACGGCCAACAGACACAUGAAAAGGUGCUCAAUAUCACCACUCAUCAGGGAAAUCAAAACCACAAUUAGCUACUACUUCACACCUGUUAGAAUGGCUUGUAUCAAAAAGACAGGAAACAACAGGUGUUGGCAAGGAUGUGGAGAAAAAGGAGCCCUAGUGCACUAUAUUGAUUGGAAUGUAAAUUGCUGGUAGCUACUAUGGAAAACAGAAUGGAAGUUCCUCAAGAAAUUAAAAAUAGAACUACCAUGUGAUCCAGUAAUUUGACUUUUGGGUAUUUACCUGAAAAAAAUGAAAACACUAACUCUAAAAGAUAUAUACACCCCUAUGUUCACUGAAGCAUUAUUUACAAUAACCGAGAUAUGAAAACAAGUGUUACUGAUGGAUGAAUGGAUAAAGAAAAUGUGAGAUAUAUAUAUGUAUAUAUAUACAUAUAUAUAUAUAUAUAAAAUGAAGUUUUAUUCAUCCAUAAAAAAAGAAUGAAACCUUGUCAUUUGGACCAAUACGGAUGGAACUUGAAGGUAUAAUACUAAAUUAAAUAAGUCAGACAGAGAAAGACAAAUACCAUAUGAUCUCACAUAUGGCGAGAUCAAAACAAAAACAAAAAC